CUGAAACUCAAAGGAAUAUUAAGGAAUAACCGUCUUUGAUCCAUAAGACAGAAGCUGUUCUUCCCUCCGUCAUACUGCUGACCAUGCAAGUCAUUUAGGGCCACAUGGAGCAUUAGAUUUUAAUGAAUGUGGAUUAUUUAUACAAGUUACAUCACCAACAAGAUGUUAUGGUGGCUUCGAUCUUUCUAGUAGGCUGCAGAUUGAUAUUACUUUGAGAGAGCCCAGUGACAGGCCUAACUGGAUACACAAUUCCACUGAAGAAAAAAACAAGACUUCAAGACUCAGGUAUAGUGACAAAUGUGAAAGAUGUUUGUCAGGCUGUAGGGGACUACAUGGUUGGUAAUAUAUUUAGUUAGUUAGUUAGAAAUUCUUGUCUUAAUGGCAGUGAUUUAGAGCAGGGGUUUUCAAACUGGGCUCCAGGGGGCUUUAAGUGGGUGCUGGAGGGGUCCAUGGAAAAUGUCAGAGGGAACAAAGUGAUAAAAUUAAAAGAAAAGAAAAAAAUAUUGUGAAAAUGGCCCAUUUGUAUUGUGAAGUUGUAUACAGAUGACCUUGAUUUUAUUAAUUAAUUUGAAUUAAUAUUGUUCAGAUAAUAUUUUAAUUAUAUCUUUUUGGUUAGUACAAUAGCAAAAUAAGGCCAGUUAUUAAAGCUUUAAACACUUUUCCAAUAUCUCACUUCUCAAAAAAGAGCCCAAAAGUUUGAAAACUCCUAAUUUUGAAUUCAGACAUUAAACAUUUUUCAGAAAAUCUAGAUGAAUCUGAGUCAGAAUAAACCAGUACUGACCUGACACAGUGAAACUCUCUGCUCAAGUCUUUGUUUCCCUGCCAGCUCACACACUCCUCUCCUGCUGUUUGGUAACAUCUUAUUUUAAUCAUAAUUUUAUUUUCUCACACUCUGGUUAAAGCUGCAUCUGCAGUCAGAAAUAGGCAGUGGUUUGCAAAAAUGCCUCGGAAAAGUGAAGCAAGUUCUAAGAAGAGGUUUUGCAUCUAUUAAAAUGAAAUCCAGAAUAGUGAUUGAAGAAAAUGGUUUUUACAAUGACAGAUUCUUGAACGUUUGAAUUCUCAGUCUUGAAUAUUUGGUUAUGCCAUUUAGAAAAAAGCUACAAUUUUCUUCAUCCAGACAUUUUGUCUCACCUCACACAGCUCUAUGUGACUAAAUACAGACUUGUUGUAAGGUCAAAGGCCACAGACCCUUUUAGGGAAACACUUGUCAUUGUGGUGCCAGUGGGUCGGCACCAGUGUUUGUGGAAGUAAAGCAAAUAGUAUCAGUCCAAAAGUGAACCCUGACCUUUGACCUCUCUAUCCAGUAUGUCUAUCUCCAUUCCCCUGAAUUGAUCUGUUAGAUUUUUCUGGAUCUAGUGUGUGAGUGAGAAAAUUCCCAUAAUGAUACGUGUCUUUGAAGAGAGCUAUUACUCAAGAGUGUAUUAUUUUUCUGAGCUUGUAUGUGGAAUUUGCGUUAUGGAGAAGAAGAGUCUUUAAAUGAGUCUGUAUGCGCAUCUUUUUGUUUCUGUAUGUGUGUACGGAGUCAGUGGUGUAGAGACAGUGCAACACAGGAAGCCAGCAUGUCUUCCAUAUCUGCAGAGUACAAGGACUUAUACAUUUGAACUCACCUUGAACACACUCCAGCCAAAAAUGAAGCCCCUCAUUCUGCUGUUUUGGAUUUUCGCUGUGCCUGUACACACUUUUGUGCUUCAACCGAGUGUAAAUGUGACAGUCAUGCAGAAUGUGUCUGCAGAAGUUGACCUUUGGGCAGAGCAGAGACUUGAUCGUUUGAUGGAGGCUACCAAUACUGAAGAGGAGAAAUCAGAAGGGGUGGAACAAACAAGAGGACAAACAGACAGUGAUGUAAAAAACAAAAAAGUAGUAGAAAAAGAGGAGCAGCGAGGACAGAAUCUGGAUGAACACGACAUGUCAGAUGUAAUCUCAACCAAACCCAUCCACUCUGCACAGAAUACAAGCCAUUCACAAGAAAUUAAGGGUGAGGAACAUCCACCUCCAACUGUCAAUCAGAAUACCACUCCUCCUACCAUGGCCACCGCCUCCCAUCCUGUCCUGAACUUGCAUACAAAAUCAGUUACUGUACCUUCCUCGUUUCCCUCCACUUCACAAGGACAAACAGUAACUACUGAAACCUUACCUAUCAUAACCACAAAACUUCGCAUUGCGAAUUCAACUGCUGAGGCAAUCGGAGCCAUCUUGCUAGUAAAUGAAAGCAGCACGAAUGAUGAUCUCAGAGCGGAGCCCUAUGUGAUGAACAGCUCUAAACUCCACCCACUAGAGGAAGUGAGUGUUGAUGUCACGGCAAUGGCAGCAAGGGCAGGACCCACUGCAAAGGCCCCUCUCAGUACUUUUAUGUUCGAAUCAAAAAAUAAAGCAGCAGGUGCCAAACCUAAAGACAAUACGACACUGAAAGCAAAGAACAAAAAGGUCCUCAAAGUAAGGACAAAGAAGACCAAAAUUAAGAAAAAAGCAAAGAAAGUGAAAAAGUUAAAACGAGAGAGAAAAUUGAAGCCAACAACACCUUUGUAUUUUCCCUAUUUUGAAGAUCACUACUGUCCCUCAGAAUGUUCCUGCUAUGGGAGGGUUGUGCAGUGUUCCGACAAAGACCUGGGCAAAAUACCUUACGGAAUUCCUUACAACUCCCGUUACAUUCUCUUAAUGAACAACCAAAUUGAUAGCAUUCAACUGAAGUUGCUCUCCGAGUAUGACUCCAUGGAGUUCCUGGUGUUAAGCAACAACCAUUUAACAGAUCAGACGAUCGAGGGUGCCUUUGAAGAGAUCAAGAGCCUUAAAAAACUUUACAUGGAGCGGAACCUACUUCGAAGCAUCCCCACUGACCUGCCCAUUACUCUUGAGGAGCUACGGCUGGAUGGGAACCAGGUUAGUGUGAUGUCCGAUGCAGCCUUCAGACGCUGCCCAAACCUGCUGAUCCUUAGCCUGAGCAACAACAGCCUGGGGAACAAAUCAUCCACUAUCCCUCCGGGAGUUCUUUUACCUUUGGGCAAACUUCGGACACUUACUGUAUCCUACAACCAGCUUGCCUCUGUUCCCCUGCAGCUUCCCCUCAGUCUUCGAGAACUCUAUCUCCGAGGCAACAGCAUUCAACGCCUACAAGGCGACAUGUUCUGGGGUGAGGCGGAGUUGCAGGUGCUGGAUCUAAGUUCAAACAGAUUGACCUAUAAAGGGCUUGGGAAAGCAGCACUAUUAAAUGCCAGUCGCCUUGAGAGUUUAAAUCUAGAGGGCAACUUACUGAAGCAGGUUCCUCUCCAUCUACCCCGCAGCAUAAAGACCCUUAACUUGGAGGGAAACUUCAUCUCUAGCAUCGGAAAGGAUGCUUUUAUCUCAAUGCCUCAGUUGGAGCACCUAGGCCUAGCAAGAAACAAGAUCACUAAAGUGGCCCUUGGUGCCUUUCGGGUUCUUCCUCUUCUGCAUCAGUUAGACAUGAGUCACAACGCAUUGCAACAGGUCCCACGGCAGCUCCCAUUAUGGCUCCACUCUGCAACAUUUUCGCACAACAAGAUCCGUAUAAUUCCACGUAAUGCUUUUUGUUGGGGUCGAGGUAACGAGUCUCCUCUCAGCCGCCUAGUCAGGGUUCACCUGGAAUAUAACUUGAUAGAUCUGGGCCACCUGGACACGCUGGCCUUCCGUUGCCUCAGAGGCUUUCAGGUGGUGCAAUUUUACUAAACUGAAGCAAUUGGGAAUCCCUGUAAAUGGUUAACAUAUGGGUAGAAGUGGAAUCUGAAUUUGGUUUCAGCUUGGGUUUUCUUUCUUGUCUGGACUGAAGACCUUUAACAGAGCCAGCAGCAUCUGGUACAAUGAUGGGAAAAAAAAUCGGUGAACUUUCAGUAUAGGUCAGAAGUCUGAAAUUUGCAGUUAGUGAUAAGGAAACUUCGUAGACUGCAAACAUGUCAUAUAGGACAGAAAAUGUAUCCUGGCCCUGAUCUACAAACCUUACAAAAUAACAUUUUGAAGUUCGAGCUGUGUGUAGUGCGUUGCUCCUGAUACAUAAAGAGCAGUUGUGCUCAUGGGGACACAGAUUUUGAGUUCGGCCUGGGUCAUGACCCAUUCCUGAUGCCCCUUUCCCCAUUCCUUCCUUCCUGGUGAUGCUUAACUGAUUUUAUUAAAAGCCUAAAUAUAAAAGGAUUUUAGUGUCUGAGGCCUGGAUUACUUGAUUUCCAUAAGCUGUAUUGAUGUUUUACAACUGUUACAUCACUGAAAUGUGACUAGUUUUUAAACACCAGAGAGAACAAGGCUGUUUUGCUUGGAUGAAACCUGAGACAGUUGUUUUGAGAUGACUUUGUUUUUAUUUGAUGUUUCAUAAGUGUAUUUCAUCAUUGAAGUUUAUUACUUAUGAAAAUAAAACACCCAG